UUAUCCAAUAGAAUGAGAAGAAGAACGAUAAUAUUAGGAAGUAUUAUAAUUAUAGGCUUGAGUUCGAGAGAUUGACUUUAAGUAAUCAUAAGGAAUAUGUUAUUCACUUAAUCUUUGACUUAUAAGAUAUUAAUAUGAUAUGUAAAAGAUAUUCAAAUAUAAAAAUAAAAAUAAACAAUUCAAGACAAGAAACAAUAUAUCAAUCUUAAAUGUAGAAAAAGCGAUGGCAGUUUAUAUUUAUAUUAGUUCAUUUUAUGACAAAAAUUAUAUAUAAUUGAUUAGACAAUCUAUUAAGUUUAUGUAAUAUGUCCUUCAAGAUACUCAUUAAAUAAUAAAAAAAAGUUAAUUAUGUUUUUCGUUCUUCUACUAUUAUCAUUUUUUGAAAUUGGUCCCUCUCCCAAAUGUUAAACCAUUUUGCUCCUCGUGAGUUUGGAACUACUGAUUUUAGUCCCUAAUUUGUGAACGGUGUUAAGUUUGUGACUGCAUGACAAACGGCGUUCCACCUAGGCUGGUCAUCUAACAACACAUGUGCAUUCAGAUGCAGACACGUGUUAAAUGAUUUUUUUUCUUUAUUUAUUUAAUUCGUUUAAUUAAUAUUAUAUAAUAUAUUUAAAAGAGCCUCAAUUUUAACAUGUGCUUUUCGUUUUAAAGUGUGGAGACGGAAGGUUUGUGAAGCUUUGUGAAUCCAUAAAAAAGAAAGAGUUUGGAAGAGAGAUCAGGAGGUUGAAAUUUGAAGGAACGGAAAUAGAAAGCCAUUACCACGCCAUCAUAGAAUAUUGAAGUGCUAAAAUUUUGUUCAUCAACAUAAGGUAGGUUCAUUUGAUUAUUUGGGAAAUUUUUGUGUUUUAGGGUUUCUAAAUGAAGAGGAGUGUUGGGUCGAAGGGUGGUCCAUCGUCUUCGUCUUCUUCUGCGCAAGUGGGAUCUUCUCAAUUUGGAAGAAAAGUUUGUGGUUGUGGCAACCAAUUACUGCUUCUUAAAGCAACUACUAUAAAGAAUAAUGACAGAUUUUUCUUCAGGUGUCGAAAUUGGGCUACUGAAUCACAUUGUAACUACUUCCGAUGGGUUGAUGCAGUGGAAGGUGAAGUGGAACGAAAGCCUGAAAUGGAAGAAGGAGAGAAUGAAAAUUUAAGUGGCAGUGAGACAAUGAUACUUCAGUUGGUGCAGAAGAAUGCCAAACUAAAGAAGAAGUUAUCGGCGGAGAGAAAAAUGGGAGAAAUAAAGCUGUUUCUUUUUUCAUUUUGUCUUGGGGUUUUACUGUCAUACUUUGUGUUCUGUUUCUGUUAAAGACGAAUUGUAAGGAAUAAGGUUGUUAGCAAUUUUUCAUUUCAAUGCUAUGAACUGCAGAUUCUAGAAUGGAAUGUUGAAUUUAAGUUU